AAUUGUUUUGAGACGGAGCCAGCCCUGUAUUGUUGUGGAAAGGAUUUCCUCUCUCCCACUGACUCCCAGUUUUUGUUAUGUGGAUAUCCUGUUCUGAAGGGUGAGCCAUACGGAAGGAUUGGGACUACCGAGGAAUCGAGGAAGUCUGCGACAUAAUCGUUGUAAAGACGCCUGCUGAGCAGACUGUAAGGUUUGGGAGGGGUCCGACAACAACGUAGGAGAGGUCAGUUCAUAGCACACGGUCGGACACACGUGUUGUGUUCUCAGCACUUCAGACCCCAGACCUCAAGCUAUCACCACUUCUGUACCCAGUUGGAUUAACGUUAGAAGGCAGCUAGGCCGCCGGGGACGCAAUCUAACAACAUGUCUGUCGACACGAGAAACUUGUUUAGAACCUUCUGUUUCAUUAUAACUCUGUUACUCGGCCUUGCUGCGGCUCAAACGACCAACAACCCUGGCACAAAACAACAAACAACACGCGACCCUAGCCAGUUGGAUUUUGGUUCUCUCCCCCAAGUGGAGUAUGUAACGACGACGGACUACUCGGCCGGAGGCCUGGACGGAUACUACAAACUGAUGAGCGGGUUUCUGUCGCUGGUGUCACCCAGGGAUGUCAAAUAUGAAUGGAUCGAGCUGGCAAUGCAGGGCAGAGCACAGGAGAUCUACAAGGAACCAACCAAAGUUGUGCUGUACAGCCUUGGCUGGGCCAUCUGUGCAGCCAUCGGGAUCCUGUUCAUCGUGAUCAUGCCGAUCGUGGGGCUGUGCUUCUGCUGCUGCCGCUGCUGCGGGAACUGUGGAGGGAAGAUGCAGCAGACGGUCAGGGACAGCAUGGUCUGCAAGAGGAGGGUCUUCGAGGUCUUCCUCUUCGUGGUCACCAUACUGAUUGCAGUUGGUAUGGUGUUUGCGUUCCUGUGUAACGAUGCCCUGAGCACGUCUGUGACCCAGGCCAACACCACCAUCUCCGGGACCUUCCAGAACGUCAGGAAAUACUUCAACAAUACCAAAACUCAAUUGGACUACAUUGUGGACCAGUAUGACACCAUGUCAGGGGCAGUCAACUAUGACCUGGACAAUAUUGACCAGACCCUGGGAGUGGCCGUCCGUGAGCGCCUGAGGCCAGAAGUGGGGACGGCGGUCAAUCAACUGGUGGACAUGAUCAACACCGUGGAGCCUACAAAGAUGGCGCUCCUGGAGGUGCAGAGAGCUCUGGGCCAGCUGCAGACCGGCGCGCAGGACCUGAACUCCGCCCUCGCCGACCAGAGAACCACCCUUAACAACACCCUCAACUUCUGCGACCCGACCGACUCUGUCUGCGUCAACCUGAGGAACGAGGUCAACCAGCUCAGCCCUGGGGGAGACUUCAGCGCACUGACCGAUGUGAACACAGAGCUUGAUGCGGUCAACACCCUGCUGUCUUCAUACGACAUCCCAGCAAUCGCUGACAUGGCGAACAGCGCAUUCGAGGGGAUCCCCAACAGAGUCCAGAACUACUCAACCGACGUCGUAGCAGAUGUGAAGAAGCUACUGGCAGACAAUAAGGACGUGUUCGCCAACCUGUCAGCCAGCCUGGAUGGACAAGUGAAAGUGAUUGCAAACAACACAGAAGUGUACCAGGAUGUUGCAACUCAGUACCUGAUGAAGUUUGUUGUCCCAAAUAACAUGUACAGGUGGUACGCAGGUUUGGGUCUGUGUUGUCUGGUCCUGCUGGUGGUGGUGUUUAACCUGCUGGGCCUGAUCUUUGGCCUGUGCAGCUACAACAGCGACCACACCCCCACCACUCGCACAUGUGGGUCAACCACCGGUGGAAACCUGCUCAUGUCGUCUGUUGGGUUUGCGUUCCUGUUCUGCUGGCUGUUGAUGCUGCUGGUGACCAUUUUCUUCCUAGUGGGGUCGCCCAUGGAGCGCUUCGUGUGCCGACCGCUCGAGACACAGGAGAUCUUUGCUGAGACCAUUGACAAGCCGUACUUCCUGAAAACACCGCUAAGUUCCAACAACAACGAUACCCAGUCGGGAACCCCGGCGCCCAGCCCCAAGUACCUCCUGGGUCAGUUGCUCCUGCAGGAUGACCAGAUUCCUCUCAAGGCAGGGGACAUCCUCAGGAACUGUUCAGACAACAAAGGCUUGCUGGCUGUGCUUCAGCUGGACAGGUACAGUUUUGGAGGCACCGACACCUCCGACCUCCUGGACCAGAUCAACAACAUCAACAUCGAUGACCAGCUGGAUACUCUGGACGUGGAUUUCUCAACGGUCAAAGUUCUUGACCAGGACACCAGGGACAGCAUGACUGACUUCAGGGACAGCGGAGUGUCCAACAUCGACUUUGAUGCUUACUUAGCCGAGGUGAACAAGGGUCUGACUCAGGUGGACCUGCCUACUUACGCCCAGGGCCUGAGAACUGCCGCUGACAACUUCCAGGAGGGAUCAAAUGUGAUAAAUGGAGUCAGAAACAAUGCCGACAGGAUAGACCAGCUACAAACCACCAAGGUGGUGCCCCUUCUGGAUGAUGUGGACAAACUGAAGACCAACAUCCAGCAACUCAAACGGACAGUUUCAGAUCUCCAGACUUCGAUUGACGCCCUUCUGGCAUCAGCACAAAAUGCAGAAACCUACCUCCAGACCCAGGGUGGAGAUGCUGUCAAAGAUGAAGCCAAGACGUAUGCAAACCAACUGUUGGGAUAUGCACAACAGUAUGCUGACUGGAUCAUGGUCAGGUUCAAUGAGGAUUUUGGUGGCUGCAAACCAGUCAGUGAUGCCUACCAGUCUGUCGUACUACUGCUCUGUUCAUACUUCCUGGAUGCCUUCAACGGUUUCUGGUUUGGUCUGGGCUGGUGCCUGCUGUUCUAUGUUCCCUCCAUGAUCUUCGGAGUCAAGCUGGCCAAACACUACAGGAGGAUGGACUAUGAAACAGGAUAUGAUGACUACGACUACCGUUAUGAAAAUGUGCCGAUGUCCAACGCCACGACCCCGAGCCCCGGCUUCCAGAAGGCAUUUUUCUUUAACCCCAGCCGGGUCCGAGAGUCCGAUCUCUGACAAUAUCAGCAUGGACAGGAAACAACCAUCUGCACCUCCCGCUUGGCAUAGAGCGGUGCUCCACAAGGCUCCGAGUGAGUAAGAGAGGUUGCAGUUCUACAUUUGCCCUCCAUGAACACUAUGAGCAGAGUGGGAGUGGUGCACCACUUGUAGGCCGUUAUCAGCGAGUAGACAACUCCAGCACAAGUUACGCCUUCAGUGCCUUACACCGCCCCCCUCCCGCAAUGUCCCAUUACAGGUGUAAGAUGAUGGUACUGUAGAACUGUAGGUCCAAACUCUGUAUUAAGUAAUUUUGCCAUUGGGUUGGGGAACGAUCGAAUAGCAAAGUUUUGUAUUC